GGCAAGCAAGCUCCCUAUAACUCACUGUGUGUUUCCCCCGUUCAACUCCCCACAGACAGACAGGUGGUGUCUAAACCAAGCCGGCUGGGAGUCAAGGGAAGGAACUAGGAAGAAUUUGGGGAGUGGCAUUUUUAAGCUUCCUCUUUUCUCUCCUUCCUCUCAGAGGGGAGAGAGAGAGAGAGAGAGAGAGAGAGAGAGAGAGGCCUGUAGCUGUGUUUGUCAAGGGGGGACUGCUCAGACCAGAGAGGCGAGCUUUACUUUUCACCCCGGUGCUGCUCGAUGUGCUGGCGAGCUGCGAGGCCGGCCCGUCCGCCCCGUCAAAAGCAGAGAUUGAGAGCUCGCCCAUGUAGGAGCAGCCUUGGAGGAGGGAUUCCAAACCCCCGGCUUCGGAGGGAUGGAUGAAAGAUGAGGCGAGGCUGAAGUGUUGCACAGUUAUGGGGCUGUGAAGCGUUAAGAGGUGAUGGGUGAAGUGGCUCCUGUGCCCCCUUUGAAUGUCCCUCACUAUGGCCAAGCGUGAGACUGGCAGCACCAGCCCUGUGGUCCGGCAGAUAGACAAGCAGUUCCUGGUGUGCAGCAUCUGUCUGGACCAUUACCACAACCCCAAGGUCCUGCCCUGCCUGCACACAUUCUGCGAGAGAUGCUUGCAGAACUACAUCCCUCCCCAGUCUCUGACGCUGUCCUGCCCAGUGUGCCGACAGACAUCUAUUUUGCCAGAGAAGGGCGUAGCUGCCCUGCAGAACAACUUCUUCAUUACCAACCUCAUGGAGGUGUUACAGCGAGACCCCGAGUGCAGCCGACCCGAGGCCUGCAACGUCCUGGAGUCGGCGAGCGCAGCUGCUGCCUGCCAGCCCCUCUCCUGCCCAAACCAUGAGGGCAAGGUGAUGGAGUUCUACUGCGAGUCAUGUGAAACAGCCAUGUGUCUGGAGUGUACAGAAGGGGAACACAGGGAACACGUGACGGUUCCUCUGAGGGACGUCCUGGAGCAGCACAAGUCCGCUCUGAAAAAUCAGCUGGACGAUGUACGCAACAGACUACCUCAGCUGACGGCUGCCAUCGAGCUCGUGAACGAGAUCUCCAAGCAGCUCACGGAGCGCAAGAACGACGCGGUGACGGAAAUCAGCAGCACGUUCGACGAGCUGGAGAAGGCCUUACAUCUGCGCAAGACCGCCCUCAUCAGUGAGGUGGAGAACAUCUGCAGCACCAAGCAGAAGGUGCUUCAGGCCCAGCUGACCUCUCUGCUGCAGGGCAAGGAGAACAUCCAAAGCAGCUGCAACUUCACAGAGCAGGCCCUGAGCCACGGCAGCGCCACCGAGGUCCUGCUGGUCCAGAAGCAGAUGGGCGAGCGGGUCAGUGCCCUGGCGCGACACUCCUUCCCAGAGCACCCCCACGAAAACGGACAUCUGGAGUGCCAGGUCGAGACGGACGGGCUGCGGCGCUCCAUCCAGAACCUCGGCGUCCUGAUUACGACGGGGGCCGUGGGCCACACGAGCGUGGCCACCGGCGAGGGCCUGCGACACGCUUUGGUUGGCCAGCACACCACCGUCACGGUCACCACCAAGGACAAGGACGGGGAGCUGGUGAAGACCGGCAACGCCGCGCUAAGGGCAGAGAUUAUCUCUGCAGAUGGGGGGUGCACCGAGGCCGAGGUGAUAGACAACAAGAAUGGCACCUACGAGAUUGGGUACACCAUUCGCUCAGAGGGAGAGUUCACCUUCUCUGUGCUCCUGUACGAGCAGCCGGUGAGGGGGAGCCCGUUCCGUCUGCGCGCCGUCAAGCCGUCGGACGUCCUGCAGUCUCCGGAUGAUGUGAAGAGGAGAGUGAAGUCCCCCAGCGGAGGAGGAGGUCAUGUUCGACAGAAGGCGGUGCGCAGGCCCUCCAGCAUGUACAGCACCACCAAGAAAAAGGAAAACCCCAUCGAGGAUGAGCUGAUCUACAGAGUGGGAACAAGAGGACGAGAUAAAGGAGAGUUCACCAACCUACAAGGCAUCUCCACCUCCAGCAACGGACGAAUUGUGGUUGCCGACAGCAACAACCAGUGCAUACAGGUGUUUUCAAAUGACGGGCAGUUCAAGAUGAGGUUUGGGGUCCGAGGCCGGUCCCCGGGCCAGCUGCAGCGCCCCACAGGGGUCACGGUGGACAUGAAUGGUGACAUCAUUGUGGCUGACUACGACAACAGAUGGAUUAGCAUCUUCUCCUCAGAUGGCAAAUUCAAGAACAAAAUAGGGGCCGGCCGUUUGAUGGGACCCAAAGGUGUAGCUGUGGACAAGAACGGACACAUCAUCACUGUUGACAACAAGGCCUGCUGUGUCUUCAUCUUCCAGUCAAACGGGAAGCUGGUGACCAAGUUUGGAGCCAGAGGAACAUCAGACAGGCAGUUUGCAGAGAAAAGCGGUGCAAACAUUGCACUGGAACAAAAGCUUAGUAAAUCUGGCCCAGUUUUCAGUCCUCACUUUGUGGCCAUAAACAACAAAAAUGAAAUUGUGGUAACAGACUUCCAUAACCAUUCAGUCAAGGUGUACAAUGCAGAUGGGGAGUUCUUGUUUAAAUUUGGCUCCCAUGGAGAGGGGAAUGGCCAGUUCAAUGCUCCAACAGGAGUGGCUGUGGAUGCUAAUGGAAAUAUCAUUGUUGCUGACUGGGGCAACAGCCGGAUACAGGUGUUUGACAGCUCAGGGUCCUUCUUGUCCUACAUCAACACAUCAGCGGACCCCCUUUACGGCCCCCAAGGCCUCGCCCUCACGUCUGACGGUCACGUGGCAGUGGCGGACUCUGGGAACCACUGCUUCAAGGUCUACCGCUACCUGCAGUAAGUCUGGCCUUCAACUGGGACGGCCAGCAUCACCACCGCGAGCACUGAGCAAAGACAAAACCAAUGUAUUUACACAGGGUGCAAUGACCUUUCCGAUACAGCCUUUUGAUGUGUGCAUCAUCCGAUUAGCCAUCACUGAUCUCCCAGAUUUAAUGAAGUGUCUGAUCCCAAGUUUACCCUCCUUACGAUGUGCAUUGAAGGCUAUUUUUAAAAGUUAGCGCUUCUGGGACAAGUAAUGGAUGUAAAGACUGAUUUUAGAGGACGUGUAAAGCGUUUUUUUGUGUGUAGUACACUGUUAAUGGUAUUAUCAAACCGCACCUCCUGCGAGACCGGACAGGGUAAGAGGUAGAUUGAAGUAUAAUGAGCCAUAAUGUGUCCAAAUGCAUGAAGUUUUAUUUUAUCUUAAAUGCCUAGGCAAAAAACACAGAGUUCAUCCAUCGGUUGCUUUUAUCAUGAACUAGUUAGUGCUUACAGUGAAAUGAACGGCGCUACGCUUAUCCAGCAAUGAAACAUAAUACUUUUCCUCUGUAUGAACUGCCAUCUUACAUAAAAACAUGUCACCACCAUCUGUGCAUUGAUUUGCUGUAUGUACUGUAUAUGCAUAAAUGUAUAUUGUGUAUAUUAGAUCACUCUGUAUUUACAUGUGCUAUGAUUUUGAAACACACGGCCUUUUGGCUAUUCCUACAGCAGCAGUCGAGGAUUCCAGCAUUUUAAACAAGUGUGUAUGGCAGCUGUUAAAAAGUGUGCUUUUCAAACUAGCCCAGCACAUGCUUGAGAUGAAGUGUGUCAUAUUUAUUGCUAAUGUAAGCAGCACAAUAAUCUUCUUCUUCUUUUUUUUUUUUUUGUUAAUAUUUGUUGUUUUAAAGAAAAAUACAAAAUGAAAAAAGGAAUAGCUAAUUUAUUUUAUUUUAUACACUAGCUCAGCAUUUACAAAUUAUUUUUCUAAUUGAUGUGCUUUUUUCCCCCCGUUAGAGCCUCACGCAUUGUCCUUUUCCCUUAAAGGGAAAAUUCACCUUAAAGCAGAACUCAUUAUUCCCAUAAUCUCAAAGCGUUUAUCAGUGUUUCUGUACAGCUUCAUCUUUUUUUUUUUUUCUUUUUUUUUUUUUGAAACUCAAAGGCUGGGAUCUGAUUUUAACAUGGGAUCAUCAAUCAAUAGACGAUGUUUCUGAAGCUUUCUCCACUUUGACUGAAUAAGACGUUCAUGAUCUGGGCUUGUUAAAUGCUUGUCUGAUCUUUUACACUUAAAUAAGCUUUAUAUCAUAAAAGUGCUACCAGCCAGGAAAUGUAUGCGUAUCUGCCGUAACUCACCCAUAUUCCAUAUUAUAUUUCAUCUCAGUGAGGCAACUCCAGAGUUUUUAGGUUUUGUGGGAGAUUUUUUGGGGAUCUUUUGGGAGAAACUUGUUCAUAAAGCUCAUCCGGAUUCAAGUUCAUUGGAAUUAAUGGAAUGGAAUGGGAUAUGAAUUCUGUUUUACAGUGCAUUUUUGCUUUCACAUAGAAAACAGUGUUGAACUUUCUAGAUGCUAAUUUAUUAGAUGACAUUUGCCAACAAAGACAUCUGAGAUAACCGAGUGCCCACUUUAGAGAACACACGCAUAUGAUGAUACAGUUGUAGGUUAUUUAACAGAAUCAUGUUUCUGCCUGUGCUACACAAAGCCAUGACUCCCUAGGAAAAGUUUUUUUUUUUUUUUUUUUUUUUUGGACCAGUAGAGCUGUUGCUGCUCUCACUCCCCCUGGUGUUCAUUCUGUGUAAUGCAGAAUCUGGUGCCACAGCAGAAGAAUGACCAGGCAGCUUCCUGCUCUGAUGUCAAAGCACCGUGCAAAGCAUGUAAAAAAUAACAUUCACUCCUUCCUGUGAGCAAACCGUCUGAACUGCUGGAUGUGAGUUGCACUGUGAAGUGGGCACCAAACCAGGAAGCUGCCAUGUUAAUGCACCCCAUCUUUUGUUUUUACGUCUUGCCAAACUUGAGCUCAGACAUCUCUUAGAGUCAGAGGCUCACUCUUUUUGACAUAUGUUUAAAGCAUUAUUAUUGUACCCCAAUGCUGUUUGUGUUACACCAAUGCAAACAAUUUUGUUUUCUCUCUGAAUAUGCACUGGUAAUAAAAGCACAUGGUUUACGGA